UGAAGCUCUUCUGCGGGGGCGGGGCGCGUGCGUGGGGGCCCGGAGACCAGCCUCUGGGGCCUCAGCCCUUGGCCCCCCCGCAAGGACUGGCGCGUCUGGUGUGUCUGGGGAUAAACCGGCAUGGCGGUUCCCUUGUGGUUCAGCCCCAUUUCCUGGAGGCGUUUGCUCUGGACUCUGCCCAGCACCGCAGCUCAGCGAGAGGUGCUUUCUGAGGUCACAAGUCAGGAUUUGGGUUCCUGAGCCCAGGCGCCCCCCUGCCCCCACCGCCCUGCUUAUGGCAGAACCUGGACCCCUGGCGCGCCCCCUGGUCUGAGGAGGGCGCCAUGUUGCCCUGGCCAGGUCCAGGCUGGCUCUAGCCUGGUGUGGCCAAUCUGAUGUCCGUGGGCUUGGGUCAAGCUGGAGGGGCUGGCUGUGUGUAGGAGGCCGAGUGAGCUGCCUGCUAAUGGGGCUGGUCCACCCCGUGCUGCUCCCUGGGGGCUGGACAAGGCUGGGAUUGUUCCCUGGCUCCCCUUUGUCUCACUCCCCGCCCAGGCCUGGCCUGCCUGCCUGCCGCUCUCUCCUCCUGUCAGCUUGGCUGGCAGGAGCCUGGGACUCUGCCCGAGGAGCCCCAGGCCUGCUGACCCACCCGGUGGGGAGCGCCGGCCACGCUCUGGGUCACGGCGUGGAGGUGCCCGGCCACCAUGCUCAGUCUCAAGCUGCCCCAGCUCCUCCGAGUCCACCAGGUCCCUCGGGUGUUCUGGGAGGACGGCAUCUUGUCUGGCUAUCGCCGCCCCAGCAGCUCGGCCCGGGACUGCGUCCUCAGCUCCUUCCAGAUGACCAACGAGACGGCCAACAUCUGGACUCACUUCCUGCCCACCUGGUACUUCGUGUGGCGCCUGCUGGCGCUGGCGGGGGCUCCGGGCUUCCGGGCGGAGCCGUACCACCGGCCGCUGCUCGUCUUCCUGCUGCCCGCCUGCCUCUACCCCUUCGCGUCGUGCUGCGCGCACACCUUCAGCUCCAUGUCGCCCCGCGCGCGCCACAUCUGCUACUUCCUGGACUACGGCGCGCUCAGCCUCUACAGCCUGGGCUGUGCUUUCCCCUAUGCCGCCUACUCCAUGCCGGCCUCCUGGCUGCACAGCCGCCUGCACCGGCUCUUCGUGCCUGCCGCCGCACUCAAUUCCUUCCUGUGCACCGGCCUCUCCUGCUACUCCCGGUUCCCCGAGCUGGAGAGCCCUGGGCUCAGUAAGGUCCUCCGCACAGCCGCCUUUGCCUAUCCCUUCCUGUUCGACAACCUCCCUCUCUUCUACCGGCUCGGACUGUGCUGGGACAGGGGCCCCGGCUGCGGACAGGACGCGCUGAGCGCCAGCCACGGCUACCACCUGGUGUGCGCCCUGCUCACUGGCUUCCUCUUCGCCUCCCACCUGCCCGAGCGGCUGGCCCCGGGACGCUUUGACUACAUUGGCCACAGCCACCAGCUGUUCCACAUCUGUGCCGUGCUGGGCACGCACUUCCAGCUGGAGGCGGUGCUGGCUGACAUGGGAUCUCGCCGAGCCUGGCUGGCCACGCAGGAGCCCCCCGUGGGCCUGGCAGGCACGGUGGCCGCACUGGGCCUGGCGGUGGCCGGGAACCUGCUCAUCAUUGCUGCCUUCACAAGCUCCCUGUUUCGGGCCCCCAGCACCUGCCCCCUGGUGCAGGGCGGCCCCCUGGAGGGGGGUAUGAAGGCCAGACAGCAGUGAGGCCCCCAUCUCUGAGCCUGCCCUGGGGGAAGGCAGAGGCCAGGCCUCGGUGCCGGUGCCGGGGAGGAGCCCAGACUCGGGUAUGACGGGUGGGGCACAUGGAAGCCUGGAGCCCAGAGUGGCUGCAGAGAGAGGGUGGAGGGGAGAGGGCGGAGGGGAGAAGGGGCCAGGGCGCUGCUGGCAGCGAGCAAGAGGGGCAGCGAGGGUGUGCUCAGCGGGGCCGGGUAAGUGCUGAGGGUCGGAGAGGGGCAGCGCGAGUGCCAGGCUGCAGCUGAAGGCUGGGGACGGGGAGGUGCUGAGGCCCAAUACCUGGUCCUGUUUCUGGCUGCGAGUCUCUGCCAAGCCCAGGGAAGCACUAACAGGACUAACCUAGACCCCCGACCCCGCGUGCUCGGCCUGGAGACCCACCGCCGCCCUGUCUCCCCCACCAGGCGGCUCUCUGCCCUUCGGGUCUGUGUGGGUGUCCUGGGUGGUGAGGUGGGCUGGGUGGGGGGAGGGGUGCUGGGCUAGAGGGGGGACCCUAACAAUUAGACCUUUAGAAAGCUCCCUUCGAUGCUUCCAAAUAAAGCAGCCAACGGCAGAUCUGGGGGAGCACUGAGACUGGAGGCCCGCCUCCCCACCCCCUCCACACCGCCCCCCAAAACCCCACAGAUGUACAAAGAAUCACGGCCCCAGUUCCUCUUCCCGAGUUUAUUCUGGAGCAGUGGGAUGAUGGGGACCCC